CUGUCAGCUAGCGGUCGGUUAGUUAGACGAGCGAAGUGGUCGGUUUCGGUUCGGUCUUGGCGCGUUAGUAGCGUUCUUCCAUCCCCUCUUCUGUUUCGCGACACGCUCACUGGUCGCGCGUUCAAUCGCGCCGUUGCGUUCCAGCGCAGCCCUUUUCCCACGCGCGCGUGUGUGUAUCUAGCUACGCGUUAAGGGGUGGUCGGUAGUGCGGUUUUGUACGUGUGCAUAUGAUGGUAGGUUGUUGGAAUGUGGCGCCCUCCAUCCCGUGAAGCUGUGCGGAGGAUGCAAGGCAUGUCCUCCCGAAAAAGCCGUGCGAAAAACGACUCACGCCUAGAAAAAGGAUACUAGCGGGGGCAGUGUUGUAGUAAAUGUGUGCCAGGGAUGCUACAAUGCGCUCGAUGCUCUUGUGAAUAAAUGGUUAGAAUGCUGCUGUUGAUGCUUUGGUUCCGAAGGUUAAAAAGGCACCACCGUGUACCUCAGUGUGCAGGGAAGUGUUCGUGGAAGAUAAAGCGAUCGUAUUACAUUCUGAACGGGAAAUGAAAUGAAAAUUCAUGUAGUUAUUUUCAGCCAGUGUUCGAUGAUUGUGAUAAUUAAAGGCUACAAAAGCGGUCAUAGGAGCUGAUUCAUUGUGUGAACGUGAGAGUAAAAGAGCAUCAAGCUGAGUGCUGGCAGGUGCUUGGGGGUAGUGCAUCGGUCGCAAAAUACUAGAGUGGCGUGUUGUUACGGGGCUGGUGCAGCGGGGUUGCAAUAAUGCAUCCCCGUAGUGUGCAGUGAGCGGGUAAGCAAUGCGAAACAUCCUGGCAAGGAAGUGAGGCGCAAUAGUGUGGCCCCCGACGCAUAGUGUAAGUGGUAAAUACCGUGUGGACGACGGCAGCGUGGUUGCUGGAUACGGCCUCGUCUUCGUACGCUGUUUGGCGGUUACAUCAGCAACGCUAACAAGAUUAGGAGCCUUGGUAGGUGAGCAAGAAAAAAAACAGACAAGGGAUCGUAGCAGGCUUUUCCUGGAUCAGUGUUACCUUUCCUUGGCACGUGCCACCGACAAUCGUUCCUGGUGCAACGAAUUGCACGUAGUGCAAACGGCGCGAGAAGCCGCAGCAGCAACAUUCGAUCGGGAUACUAAGCGAGCUGCUGUUCGAAAAUUUCAUCAUGACCUAUCGGAGACUGCCCGCAUUGGGGUAUCGUUAGCAGCAGGCGAAACACGAUACUAACACCCGAUACAGGAACUGGUGUGAGAGAAAGAAAGUGCGAAAAAAAAUCCCAACAUCCACCUACACCCUGCACUUCAAAGCGAGAAAUUAUCGAGAAAAGUGAUUUGAGAGCAAUCGGGAGCAACCCAACUGGAGAAACAAAAAACAUAGAGGCCGAUUUAAUCCCGCAUCGGUCACCGUUUUCUUCCAAAAGAGAGGGGUGCGGCAGUAGUAGGGUGGGGUCGGCCCAAGCCGGUUCCAAGUGGAAGCAAUUUUGAAAGCCUCGCACCAUGGUGGAAUCGGGUACCAUCAGUCGAAACAGCCCGGGAUCGGCCUCGAUCGUGGUGGCGGGCGGCCCGGGCGUCCGGAGCGGCAUCCUGGAGACGCGGGUACGGGGCGCCUGGUACCGGGUGUCGGUCAGCCUGGAAACGGAGUACAUUUCCGUCAGCCUGGACGAAGCCUGCGAACCGAUCGAUCACUCCACCACACUGAACGGCACGUUAGGGAGCAACCACAGUGGUAACAAUGGCUCGAACAACUCCUCCCAACCGUCGUCGGCGGGCGCUUCCGGGCCAUCGAUCCACUCGUCGGAAAACCUGAGCACCGGCCUGAACGCAUCCACGCCGCUGACAUCGAACGGCAGCGUCAGUCUACCGAACGGGGUCGCGCCGGGGACGGGGGUGCCGGGCCCGGGCAGUGGCGGCUUAAAUGGCGAUAAUUUCCUCAACAACAACAGUGGCAGCGGGGGCGGUAAUAGCAACGGCACCGGCACCAGCAAUGCGACCAGCACGAACGGCACUAACGGCAACACCCACAGCAACGGACCGGGCGCCAACAACAACCACAACAGCAACAACAACAGCAUCGACAACGGCAUCGCCGAGAUCUGUGACGUGCCCGACUCGGUGGCAAACCAGAAGCGACAUGUUCGCGUCAUCAAAUCGGACAACAACGGUCUCGGCAUCUCGAUCAAGGGCGGGCGCGAAAACCGGAUGCCGAUACUCAUUUCGAAAAUAUUCCGCGGCAUGGCAGCAGACAACGCGAAAGGCCUGUACGUCGGUGACGCCAUCCUGUCCGUCAAUGGGGAGGAUCUGCGGGACGCGACGCACGAGGAGGCGGUCCGGGCGCUCAAACGGGCCGGCCGGGUGGUCGAUCUCGAAGUAAAAUUUCUGCGUGAAGUCACACCCUACUUCCGGAAGGCAAGCAUCAUCUCUGAGGUGGGCUGGGAACUGCAGCGAGCCUUUCUGUGUCCGCUCGGCCCGAACGCGUCCUCACCGCCCGGCGUUGCCCCGCGCAGUCCGCCCCGUGCCGAUACGCGUUACAUUCCCCUGCAGCUUACCCAUUUGGCCCGUAACCUCAAAUACCACGAUCCCGAAAACCGCUGCAUAGAGCUCCACUCACCGGAUGGCAUCCAUUCGUGCAUCUUGCGAGCGAUGGAUCCACAGGAAGCGACCACAUGGUUCAACGCGCUGCACUCCGCCAUCGGCAAGAGCACUCAGAAGGCGCUGCUGGACGCCAACCGGGCCCUGGUAUCGAUCAUCGGCGAGCUGAAGCACAUCGGCUGGCUGAGUCGGCGGAGCGGUGGUGAGCAGAACGGACGCUCCAGCUCGGAAAGCUCCGACGAACUGGACAAAUGGCAAUCGAUUUUCGUGGCAGUAACCGAUCGAGAGCUGCGCCUGUACGAAAGUGCACCCUGGUCGGUGGAGGCGUGGAGCAGACCGUUCGAAAGCUGUCCCCUGGUGGCCACCCGCUUAGCCGGUGCGGGCAACACAUCAACCGUCGGUUCCAACUCGAGCACCCACUCGAGCGUGUUCUGCAUCCGGUGCGGUACGACACGGGGCGUCGUUAGCCAUUGGCUGCGGUCCGAGACGAACCGGGACAUGGCGGCGUGGGCGCGCGUGCUGGUGCAAGGCUGCCACAAUGCCAUCAUCUGUCAGCGAGAGUUUUCCUUCCGCUGUCUCUUUCAGGGACGCCCUUGUCAAUUAAUCGUGCACCUGGACCGUGGAUUUACGCUGCUAGACAGCGGGCUUGGUCCGGCUUCGAAAGCCCUCUGGACAUUCCCAUUCGACAAGCUGAAAGGUUCGGCCGACGAUGGCAACAAGCUGCUGUACCUUGACUUCUCCGGCACGGAGGACGGUGCGGAACUGGAGCUGGACAUGGAGUGCUGUCCCAAGCCGGUAGUGUUCGUGCUUCACAACUGUCUGUCGGCAAAGGUGCACUCGCUAGCAUAAGCGUCCCUCGGCGCACUCGGAGGUGGUAUUACAACCGGUUUAGCUGUUUACCAUUUUUACUGAGCCGCCCGUCUGUAGCAGGUACGAACGGUAGAGUACUCCUGCGGGUGUCAUUGGCGCGUGAGUGCUUCGCUGAGCGAGCGGAUGGCACGAAACACAGACGCGCACACACACAGAGCCGCGCUCGUCCUUUUGAUGUAAUCUGUAAAUAUGGUCACCCAAUUGUCAGCCUCGGCCAGCUAAGAGCCCACGUGCAAGGAGCUUUUUGCACUCCACGUGUGUGUGUGUGUAAGGAGUGACGGAGUCAUGUUAUAGGGCAAGGUCGUCCGAAUCUUGAACCGUAAGCCGUACCACGGGCAGAUGGUUCGUUCGUAUGUUAUUUGUUUGCAUUCAUUAUAAUAAUGUUGAGUUUUGUUCUGUUUGUCGUAGUUUGUAGUGUAAUAAACAGUGUUUUAGCGGGAAAGUCACACGGUCGAUCAGUUUCGUGACAAGAUGCGGCUAACGCACUGCUCUCUAUCCGUCAUAGUAAAUUAUUUUGUAGCGCAAAAUGGCUAGUAUCAGCUUGUAGGAAAAGAAUGUAAGUUUGUCCUGAACAUUAUUUCAUUCGUAUCAACCCGAAAUUUGUCAGCGGGUUUUGUGUUGUAAGUCACCAUCCAGUAUUUGACGUCAUACAGUCCCCCCCCCUGAAACGCCCACACGAUAGCUUAUGACGUCACGCUCGCCGUACUUCUAUGCUCGCCCACCUAUUUAUUCCGCUGCCGGCAAUUGGCAACAUGAGGAAUCUCUUUGCAUAAUUUUAAGACUUUGAUCGACGAUGUCAAUCGGUGGAUUAAAUUAACGCCACGCCAAGCUCUAAGCGGACUAACUAGACUAACUUUUCCGCCGUAGGUGUAUGUAUACCUGUCAGAAUGCGUCCGAAGGCGCCACGUGUUCUGCAACGGUGCGCAUUUUUUUGUGACAAGCAUGGCGGAAGCACAGGUAUCGUCUUCAUUCGGCUCAAAGCGUAUUCUUUUUUCGCCCUCUUUUUCUUUUUUUUGUAUUUUUGUUUAGAAACAUACUGCUCCUAAGCGAGCCGUUGCUAUCGCGCUUUGAGAAUAUCGAUUUUAAGCAAAGAAAAACAAGCCACACCAUUGAUUGAUGUAUCGAAAUUAGAAAACUUUCACAACGGCUCUUCACGCUUGAAGUGUGUUGUUAGGGCUAAAGCGGUUGUUUUAUGGAGUUGGGGAUAGAAAGUUGCUUCUCUACUUUCCGAGGGGCAAAAGAGAGAAUGAAAAGUUUGACAGUAAUUACCUAUACAUUUACGUACUGCUUCAUUUUCAUCUUAUAUUCUUCCUUCAAUAUCCCGUUUCAUUUCUGUUCCAAUUGCGUUUAUAAUUCAAAGCCAAUACGCGUACAUCAGGAGACAUCACAUCCCUCAUAUCCAUGAUGUUGUUAAACGUCUUCCCAAUAAUUCACACACUCACACAUAUCGUUCUCUUCUGUAUUCGACAAACCAAGACGAAUGUUAAAUCCAUUAAAAGCAAUCGAAAAUACCCAUAGGCAAAGAUAAUGCAUAGUUCUAGCAGCAAGACUACCAUCAAGCAAUUGAAAAGAGCUUCCCUAAUUGCAUGGGGUCAACACCAAUAGAAGCAAUGUGACGCAGAGACUGGAAUGAUGAUGCAAAAUAAAUUGAUUUGUGUAACAUAUCUGGGAAGGGAAAAAGGAGUACAUGUGCAAAGCUGCUGCAAAUCAAUUCAUGCUACAGAAAACCGAAUGCAAAGAAAGAAGCGAAUGAACAUAACAGUGGCGAAACGAACGGGCUAAAGCGCAAGCAUGCAUUGUUGAGUUUGUGUUUGUAAAAUCUACUACUGUUCACUUGGAGUCGAGUUCACUAUUAGACCAUUUUCGUUUCUUGUUAACAGACGCCCUUCUCCCACGGUACGAAUUGUCAGCAUAUCCGCAAGGGAUAAGUGUUCCAUCCAUCAUCGUAACUGGCGCAGGAAACAUGUGUUACUAUGCAAGGGCAUUCUCUCGGCCCAGAGCACGCAAUCAAUUCGAAGCGUUAACAACAACAGUUCGGUUAGGUUGUCGUUACAAGAACCAUUUAAUACGUUGGGGACUGGAAAAGAUUCAAUUUUUACUUCACUCUCCGCCCGGCGUAUGCAUAAAACGAUGAUGGAUGGGAUGAGACGAUCAGUGGUGAGAUCACAGGACGCCCGAAAAACGUUCAUAGCAUCAUAUCAAGCUGUACACUCCUAGCGUAAGUUCUUAUCUCGAGCGCGUUCAGAAAUGAUAUUAAACCGAUCACAUUUCCAUACGAUAAGCAAGAUUGAUCUUUCUUCCCUAAUCGAACCAUCUCUCUGUAAAUAAAUCUCUCUUUCUUACUCCCUACAACACCCAUCGCGGGUUCCCUCGUUUGCCAAGCGAAGGAAGUGCAUCUGAGAGGAACAGUACCUUCAACUAAUGAAUAAUAAGUACAUUAGGCGCGCGCACACACACACAGCAGAGUUACAGCUUUUGCCAGUGUAAUCAAAUGAGUUUGAUGUGUGUGGUGUGAUGAUCCUGAAGAUUCCAUAAGUGUUUUUGUGUGUAAGUGUACAUGAUCUUUAUAGUCAGAUGUAGCUGAAACAAACUAAACGCUGUAGAAUACUGAAAGCAGUUGAUGGCAAUGCAAACGAAAGUUUUUGCUUCCCAAAGGUUGCAAAACAAACUUAGGCGUAAACAAGAGUCUUGGCAGAUUACAAGAAGUUUGAUAAGCUGACCGAUAGAGCAAAACCCGUUUUACAUCGGAUGAAAACACAUUGCAGAAAAGGAAAAGAAAACCAAAGUUGUACUUUAAGUGUGACGUUUGCUAGCCAUCUUAACUCAUCAACCGGUGCAGUAGAGGAACCUUGUACUUUGUCUUUCUUCCUAAAACUGUACGUCGUGUAAACAUGUUCCAUGUAGAUGUAAAGUGAUGCAGUGCAUUGUAUGGUGGAAAAAAUAGUAGCAAGCAAAUGUAAGAAAUCGAAAUGCUGACAUAGCACGCUGAACACAGCAAAAAAGCGAGCGAAUGAUUGUCGAUACGCUCUUCGGUUGAGUCAUACGAUAUAAAUCGAACGGAAUAUAAUUCGAUGAUACAUUCGAAUAUCUUCUUUUUUCUCAAAUCUGAUUGUAAACGACAGCGAGACAGCGAGGCAGCGCGAGAGAAAAAGAGAUAGAGAGAGAGAGAGAGAAAGAGAGAGAGAGAGAGAGAGAGAAUUUAAGCAGUUACUAGAGAAAGCAUUUUGUGGUGAUGUUAGUAUGGAAAUGGAACAUUAGUAGAAAGUAUCUAAACGACUCGCUAGAGAAUUCAAAUCAGUAAGGUUGAAACAAAAAAAAACUCAACUAAUUUGUAAUCAAAUUUAAAGCAAUUAGACAAAAAAUGUAUGUAAUAGAACUAAUGCGUAUGAAAGUUUAGCGAAGUACAUGCAUACAAACGAAAAGAAGAAUGGUAAAGCAUUUUGAGAAGAGCAGUGAAACACAAAUCCAAAAUUGUACGGAAAUGUCUUCAAAUCAAUCUUUUUUCUCUUUAUCAAACAAAAAAAAAACACACACAUACACACUAUUACAAGCUGGUUCAAGCAGCUUCCUAACACCAUACUAAGCAUUAAUACUAUACAGUGUUGAAGGAUAGUAACAGCAGAACAGAACGAAUAGAGUGGAAAAGAAACCGUGUGCGGACGGCCAGAAGGAAACCGAAAGAGGGGAAAAGCUACUAAUCAUUACGAAAGUCAAAAGGGCUUGCCAGUAAGUCCACCAGGAAAAAAAAUCAAAAAUAAAACAAAUUGUAUCAUAAUUGCUGA